AUGUGUGGCAACUACUACGGAAACGCCUGUGGAGGCUGUGGCUACGGCUCAGGCUGUGGCUCUGGCUCAGGCUGUGGCUAUGGCUCAGGCUGUGGCUAUGGAUACGGCUCUGGCUGUGGCUAUGGAUACGGCUCUGGCUGUGGCUACGGCUCUGGCUGUGGUUCUGUCUGUGGCUAUGGCCUGAGAUACGGUUCUGGCUGUGGCUAUGGGUCCGGCUGCGGAUAUGGCUCAGGCUGUGGUUCUGUCUGUGGCUACGGCUCCCGUUAUGGCUGUGGCUAUGGCUCAGGCUGUGGCUACGGCUCCCGUUAUGGCUGUGGCUAUGGCUCAAACGGUGGCUACGGCUCCCGUUAUGGCUGUGGAUAUGGCUCAAACGGUGGCUACGGCUCCCGUUAUGGCUGUGGAUAUGGUUCUGGCUCUGGCUGCUGUAGCUACCGCAAGUGCUAUUCCUCCUGCUGCUAA